AAUGUCUAAGGACGUCUCACUUCAUUGGUUGGAUUAUGCGAUUUUUGGAUUGAGCAUUGGAUUAUCAUUGAGCACAGGAGUAUAUCAUGCAAUUAAAAGUCGAAUAAUUCUCCGUCGAGGGGACAGAACAGCAAAAGAGGAAUAUUUGAUGGGAGGUCGACAACUUCCCCCACUUCCAGUUGCUCUGUCCCUUUUAACGACAUUUCUUUCUGGAAUCCUUAUGCUUGGGGUACCGGCUGAAAUGUUCCAGAGAGGUGCUCAAAUCUGGUUGAACUUUGUGAUUGGGGUGGCGUCAUCGAUUGUCACGUGUUUUGUGUUUCUUCCGGUUUUUCACAAAAUGAAGAGCACAUGUCUACAUGAGUAUUUCAUUCAUCGAUAUAACUCAAUUCUCAUCCGACGUCUCUUUUCCCUUCUCUUCCUAUUAUUCACAAUUGUGUACAUGUCAGUUGUACUGUAUGCUCCUUCAGUUGCUCUUUCUCCCGUCCUUCAAAUCAACAAAUGGUAUUUGGUUUUAAUCUUUGGCUGCACAACAACAUUGUACACAUGCCUUGGAGGAUUGAAGGCUGUAGUUUGGACUGAUUCUUUGCAGGCAGUUAUAAUGUAUACUGGAGUGUUCACUUUGAUUUACAAAGGUCUUUCACAUCCAAGAGUUGGAGGUCUGGAACGAGUUUUGAGUAUUGCUUGGGAUAGUGGAAGAAUUAGUGAAUUAGGGAGGAUGGAUUGGAGAAUCGAUCAGUAUAAUAGUCUAUGGAUUAAUCUUUUCUCUGGAACAAUUGUCUGGUUGGCAUCCUUUGGAGUUAACCAGUUGGCUAUUCAAAGAUAUGCAAGUCUUCCAAGUCUUAAAGUUGCUCAGAGCAUUAUCAUAUAUACUUUGGCUCCAUUCACAGUUCUCUGCUCAAUUGUUGCAUUUGUUGGAUUCAUUGCUCUUGCAUAUUUCUAUAAUUGUAAUCCAUUAGAAACUGGAGAAGUCAAGGAAAGUGACCAUAUCACAAUCAGCUUUGCCAGGGAUAUUCUUCAACCAACUCCUGGCCUAUUUGGUCUCUAUGUCUCGUGUAUCAUGUCAGCAACACUAUCGACACUUUCCAGUGGAAUGAACAGCAUGGCAGCGGCAAUUUAUGAAGAUUUCUUGAAAAAUAGUUUGGAUGGGAAAAUUACAGAUACUGGAGCUACUAGACUAAAUAAGAUUAUUGUGUUGAUCUGUGGGUUGAGCUCAACUGGCCUUGCAUUCCUUGCUGAAGUUCUUGGAGGAAGUCUUCGUAUUUGCAUAUCUGUAAUGGGAGCAAUGUCUGGUCCAAUGGUUGCUAUAUUCGUAUUAGCUCUUUUUUUCCCAAAGAGCGGAUCAAAAUCAUGUCUCAUCUCAUUUUUUCUUUCGAAUCUCUUCUGUUUAAUUAUUUGCAUUGCCAAUUACAUCCAAGAUCCAUACCACGAUCUCUUUCUUCCAACGAAUACUACCUUGGAAGGAUGUAAUGGAAAUUCAAACUUUACGAUACGUAUGAUGCCAACUUAUGAUGCUCAUUAUGGAAAUCCGGAUACUUUGUACAUUUCAAGAAUAUCCACGUAUUCUUACGCAGGAGUCGGCUUUGUACUUAUGAUCAUCAUCGGAUGGAUCGCCUCACUUUUCGAAGAGUCUGAUCAUAAAGUUGAGAAGAUCCGACAUUUAACAUUUUCUGGCAGAAACGAGCCCUGGCCAGAUACACAUCAUGAGUUUGACCAUUUCUUGAAAGAAAUCAAAUAGAAAGCAUGACAAAUUGCGUGUUAAUUAGGAUGAAAGCUAGAUUGUGUUUUGAUAAAAACGGGUGAUCCGGAAAUUUGAAAUAAAAUUAUUCCAUUC